ACUCACCUGAGCCCAGAGACAGCUCUGUUCCAGCUGCUGCCGGGGCACGGGGCACGGGCGUCCACAGGACAGACGGCACUCGCUCACCUCUCGGAGAUGGCGUGGACAGCCCUCUCCCUCUUGCUCUCCCUCUCCCACAGGACCCGGGCCACUCUGACCCUCAGCCUCGUCUUCCUCUCCUCCUGCUCAGCUGGCUUGGCAGGAGCAAGCAACAGCAAUGCCUCUGCCUUGGCGGCCCACCACCCAGACCCUGGGACCCUGCAGCAGUGCCUCAACGUUGACUACUGCCCUCUGGCCGACCGCUGCUGCAGAGGGAGCGUGGACCAGCAGGGCUGGAUCGCGGCCGCCGUGGGCUGGAGCCUCUGGUUCCUUACGCUGAUCCUGAUCUGCGUGGCCAAGCUGAUGACCCUGAGCCCGGAUGGGCCCAAGGACCUGGCCUGAGCCCCAGCCUUCUGCUCCUUGAAGUCUUGCCACUUUAAGCUUCUGUUACUUUAGAAAGGAAGGAAGGACGGGGAUGGGGGCUAAGAAGGAAUGAACUGAGCCCUGAGCUCCUGGGAACUGAGCCUUGAGCUCCUGGGGGACCCCUCGAGGAAGGCCCACGCCCCUCCAUCUCCUUCCCCGCCCCCAGGGCGUGCACCCAGGGGUGCACAAGAAACAGAUGGCUCAGUAUUUCAGUCCGUGUACUUGACACCAAACCCAAAACCUUGCCUUAGAAACAGAUACAGCCAUCACUGCACUGAGCCCCUUCCCUCGUCUCCAGGAGGUUGAACUGACCCCACGGCCCAGUCCCUGCUCCCCAGCACACUACAAUCCUCCCAGCUGUCGUGUGAGCGUGGGGCAGAGGCCUUGCUGUGAACACUGCCGGGAGUGUGUUGGGGGCGGGGGGAGGGGUGGU